AAACUCUUCGUUUCCUCGUCGUUAAACCCGCUACUGUGAAUCAAUGCUCCUCCCGCUUUCGUUUAUCCUUAAAAAAAAAAAAAAAAACCUGAAAAAACCGAUUCGACUGUAAACGCUAGAAUAGAAACCCUAAAUCUCGUGGGUUAUGAAGGCGAAUUUCGAUCCUAUUUCAACAUGCCUACAUCUCCCAAGUUCUUCUACCCCCGCCAGCCAUGGCUCUCUCAAAUUCGCAAACCUGCUGUCUCGAUCUGCUGUUUCGUCUUCGGCGUAGCCGGUUUCUUCUUCGGACUGAUCGCGAUCUCUCGGCCGAUUCGCGGAUACAGGUGUCGUGAUCUGGAGCCUCGAUCGGUUUCUGUUGCGUGGGAGAUUGGUAAUGGCCACCUGCCCGGUCAGCCUCUCGGCAACGAUCCGGUGUUCGUCAAUGGUCCGAAAAGGCAUAAGGUCAUGGGGUUUGUGGGAAUUCAGACAGGGUUCGGAUCGACAGGACGGCGGAGAUCGCUAAGGAAGACGUGGAUGCCAUCGGAUCAGGAAGGGCUUCAGCGUUUGGAAGAGGCAACUGGUUUGGCUUUCAGAUUUGUGAUUGGGAGAACCAGUGAUCAAUCAAAAAUGUCGGAGCUCAGAAAGGAGGUUGCAGAAUAUGAUGACUUUAUGCUCUUAGACAUUGAGGAAGAGUACAGCAACCUUCCACAUAAAACGUUAGCUUUCUUCAAGGCUGCUUAUCGACUCUUUGAUUCUGAAUUCUAUGUUAAAGCUGACGAUGACAUUUAUCUGAGGCCAGAUCGCCUUUCAUUACUUCUGGCAAAGGAGCGUUCUCACCCUCUAACUUAUCUUGGAUGCAUGAAAAAGGGUCCAGUUUUCACUGAUCCAAAGCUCAAAUGGUAUGAACCUCAUUCUUAUUUGCUAGGGCGGGAGUAUUUUAUCCAUGCCUAUGGUCCUAUAUACGCUCUUUCUGUGGAUGUUGUUGCAAGCUUGGUUGCUUUAAGAAACAACAGUUUCCGAAUGUUUAGCAAUGAGGAUGUUACAAUUGGUUCAUGGAUGCUGGCAAUGAAUGUCGACCAUGAAGACAACCGAGCACUUUGUGCUCCAGACUGCUCAGAAUCAUCCAUUGCUGUGUGGGAUAUUCCAGCAUGUUCAGGGCUCUGUAACCCAGAAGAGAAGUUGGUAACCCUCCAUCAAAGGGACAUCUGCUCAAGCAAUCCAACUUUGGUUUCCAAUGGAUAGCCUCUCCCAUCUCCUUAGUUCAGGUGAAACAAACAGGCAGCCUGUGUAACGAACAUGUGCUUUCUUCCUUACCUGGCGCCACCAGACAAUCCGCUUUAUUCUGGUUAAACCAGGUUUUUCCUCUCUGUCCUGGUGACCACUGUAUUUCAAUCUGCUUGAUGCUGGUAUUUACACAAGAUGGAGUGCCCAUUCCUGGCAGUUAAUCUUAGAAAUAUCGUUUUCCAGUGUUAUAAUCUGCUCCUUGCUAUGCUAGCUUUUGAUGUUGCAUUCAAUUAUUUGUUGGAGGAGUUCUUGUUGCAGUUGUGUCUUUUUCCUUCUCUGUUUUUUCUUCCCAAUUCAGAAGCAAAAAAUUUAAAAACAUUUGGAUAACUAAAACAUAAACUGAGGCACGUUGCUCUGAAAGUCCUUGUAGAAUAGGGCUUAUCCCACAA